UAUCUCCGUGCACCGCAGCGCCUGUGGUUCACCAAACCAGCAGAAAAUGGAAGUACAACUUUCCCCAUGGAUCCCUACUCCGCCGCCUGCUCGCUGACCUCCCCAGCCCUAUGGGCGGCGGCUGCGCCCUCUCGCCGGGGGGGGGGGGGGGCUGCCCCACCGACUACGUUGCCGUCGCCAUCGCCUCCGCGGCUCUCGCCUUGCUCAUUGUCCAUGCUCUCUUUUCCUUUGUUUAUCAAAGGAGCAAAAUGACAUCCGGUGUUUGGCUUGCGUUGUGAGAAUUCUUAAUUCAUGAGUUGUAGGGAGGGACUUAUGUCACCACAAUGCCCUUUUUGAUUGAGAAUUGUAUCUGUGGCUACUGCUAUUUUGCCAGUAGUUCAAAUUGUUGGAAGCAUUGAUUUGGUGCUCUCAUUGGUGAUGUCAAUCGAUUUUCUGAAGAAUCCUUGGAAAUCAUGUUAUAUUUGGGCAGUUUGGGCAGAAGGUCCUUUUGGAUUUGGAUUGUUGAUGAGUUGUCGCAUUGUACAGGGAUUUCAGUUAUAUCAUGUUUUCGUUAAGCACCGGUUGUCACCAAUCAGGUCAUCCAUUAUGCUAUUAGUUAUACUCCUUCCAUGGAUCUGUGGAGCUGCUGUUUUUCGUUGGAACAAGCCUUUGAAUCACCGGUGUCACAUGCAGACUCAGUGGGUGAUUCCAGUAAUGUUUAUACAUGGAUUUUAUAUUGCUAGCUUAGUUGGCAUCACAUUAUCCAUUCGACAUAUUGAAUUCAGAUUUAGUGAAUUUAAGGAUCUUCUACAAGCAGUUAUUGUUUCAACAAUAGCAGUAGGAUUUUGGAUUGUAGCGUAUGUCUUGAAUGAAAUUCAUGAAGAUAUUCCAUGGGUUCAAGUUUUCUCUAGAUUUGCCCUUCUUGUCAUGGCUAGUAUCCUGGUGCUGCUUUUCUUCUCAAUGUCUGUUUCUCAACCUCAGCACUCACGAAUAAGUUUACGAAAGCAAGAGUCAUCUGCCUUUAUGACUAUGGGUGAAGUGUUAAGUAUAACUGAUAGAGGCUCAGUAAAGAAGAUCAAUAAGACCUGUUUCGAUCCAAACCAUCUAUUGGACAAACUGCUUGAGAACAAAAGAUUUCGGAUGACAUACUCUCGCAGCUUGGCGAUGGGCCCUUGUGAACUGAGUGUUAAUUUCUACGAGGAAGUGUAUGGCAUGAAGAAGGUACCUUUGGAUGACUCCAUCAGAAGAAUUUACAUGGCAAGACACAUCAUAGAAAAAUAUAUUGUCGCAGGUGCAGAAAUGGAGAUAAAUAUUUCUCACAGAACUCGCCAACAGAUACUAGACACGCCUGAUCUAACUCAUCCAAAUCUGUUUGACAAUUCAGUGGGGGUGAUAAUGCAGCUGAUCAAAAUGAAUUUGGCAAAAGAUUACUGGUCGUCCAUGCACUUUGUAAAGCUGAAAGAAGAGAUGGAGAGAGGGUUCAACGUCUCUGAGGCCAUGCCAUUGGAUUACUUCCCGAGAGUUAGUUUUGUGCGGUGUAUUGAUGAUCCUUUUAACGAGAAACAAACUGCGAAUUUGUAACUGAGAACGUUUGAUGCAUAACUCUAUUGAUAUGCGUGCAGUUUUGCUCUUGGACUAA